AUGCCGAAGCCAAGAACGAAACGACAAGCCAUUCGCGACGAGCGGAAGAAGAAGAGGAGGGAGACGCAUGAGGAAACCCACGAGGAGAACCACGACGAACGCCAGUCCAAGCGGAGACGGGUCGACGGCGAAGAUCGGGACGAGGAUGAGGACACUCAGCAACAGACGUACAACGAUGCGGGCGACCACCCGCAGCCGUUCCAUGGUAACGGUCCCGAAAAGGAAUUCUUUGGCAUGCUCGCGGACGAGGAGCAGGAAUACUUUCGCCGCGCCGACGAGCUGCUCGAGCUGAACCAAUUCCCCUCCCCCGAGGAGCGCCACGUCUUUCUGCAAAACGUCUACAAGGAGGCGCGGGGCAAGGAGCUGAAGCUGGCCAGCAGCCAAUCAUUGUCGCGCCUGAUGGAGCGCCUGAUUCUUCUCUCGAACACGAGGCAGAAGAAGCAGAUCUUCAACGCCUUUGCCGGCCACUUCCUGUCGCUCGUCCAGCACCGCUUCGCCAGCCACUGCUGCGAGAAGCUGUUUCUCGAAUCGGCGCCAAUCGUGACACAGGAGCUGGGCGGGAUCGUCCCGGAGACCGAGGGCAACUAUGACGAGAUGGAGGUCGAGGAGGACGCCGAGCCGGACAACACCAUGGAGAACCUCUUCCUCAUGACGCUGGACGAGUUUGAGGAGCACAUGGGCUUCCUCCUCACGGACCGUUUCGGAUCACACACUCUACGUGUGCUCUUGGUUAUUCUGUCGGGCCGCCCAUUGGAUGACUCGUCCACAAAGUUGCUGCUUAAGAGCAAGAAGAAGGAGUACAUCUCCGUCCAGGGGGCCACCGGUGCCUCGGACGAGCUCACCCACCAGCUGAGAGCCGUCCCGGAGUCCUUCACCCAGGCCACCAAGAAGAUCAUUCAGGACGCUGUGGCCGGCAUGGACUUCACCGCCCUGCGCGUCCUGGCCAAACAUCCUACCGGCAACCCUCUCCUCCAACUCUUGCUGGAGCUCGACAUCUCUCUGAAUCACAAGAGCGACAAGAGCUCGGCAGCGGCGAGCAAGGACACCCUGCUGUACAGACUGCUACCCGACGCUCCCGCGUCCCUCGCCGACGAAACCUCGCAGGCGGCGGACUUUGUCAACAGCAUGGUCUACGACCAGAUCGGGUCCCGCCUCCUCGAGACCCUCAUCACCAACUGCCCCGGCAAGGUCUUCAAAGCGCUCUCCCACAACUUCUUCGGCGACCGCAUCGCGACGUACGUCCGCAACGACAUCGCCUCGUACCCCGCCCUCCGCGUCCUGAACCGCUUCAGCAAAGACGACCUCGUGGAGGCAGUCAAGAAGAUCAUCCCCGUCGUACCCCUCCUGGUGUCCAAGGCGCGGUAUAACGUCCUCAAGACCCUUUUUGAGCGGUGCGAUGCGCGCGGUGCCUACGAGGAGAAGAGCGCCCUCACCAGGGCGCUGACCGACGCCCUGGGCCCCAACCCGAAGGACCUGGUCCCGAAACUGUGCCACCUGGUCGAGGACGAGUCCGCUGACAAGGACCAGUUCCAGCAGUCGCCCCAGAACAAGACCGCCGUUGCCGCCCACGGCUGCCACCUCGUGUCAACUAUGCUCAAGACCCCCGGAAACGCCUCCAAGGUGGCCCAGAAGUCCCUCGUCGCGCUGCCGCCCGACCUCCUGGUCAAACUCGCGACCACAGCGAUGGCGUCGACGACCGUUCUGACGACAGCCCUUGCCAGCCCCGCGGCGCCGCAGAACGAGUUCUUCCACAAGGCCCUCGUCGGCGCCCUCGCCCCGCACGCCGCGGAGCUGGCGCAGUCCCAGUUCGGCCACAACGUCAUCAACGCCAUCGUCGAGAUCCCCUCGCGCGGCACGGACCGCUGCGUGCCGUUCCACGUCAAGCAGACAAUCAUCGCCUCGCUCGCCGGCCACGAGCGGGCGCUGCGCGACUCGUGGAUGGGGCGUAGCGUGUGGCGGACGUGGAAAGGGGACAUGUGGAAGACGAGACGGUCGGACUGGGUCAAGUGGGCCAAGGAGGUGGACGGCCCGGCCGAGGAGACGAAGCUGAAGCCCUGGGAGAGGAGGAAGCUGGAGCAGCAGAAGGGCCCCCAGCCAAGGCAGCCGCCCAGGGAGACGGCGAAGGAGGACAAGGAGUGA